AUGACAACAAUGCGGGGAUCUGGUUCCGAUCUUGUUCAGCGUCUAAAUGCCAUCUCAGAAGUCGAGAAAUCUAUAGGAAAUCUGCUACGACAUGCUCAAACAUGUAUUUCCGAGCUUUCAAAGGAAAAACAGAUUAGCAAAACAAAGAUGGAGGAGUCUUCACAAGCAUUCAAAAAAACGCUGAUGCAAGUUGAGAAGGAAUUGUCAGAACAGAUGUUAUAUCUCUCCAAUGUUUGCGUCGGUUCUGCCCAUCAAGGAUCUACAUUUGCAUCACAACAAAACAUUGCCUUAGCGGAAGCUGCCGAGGUGGACUUACAUCGCGAGCUCAAGAGCAUUAUGGAAAAGCAUUUUGGUGAUAUGGAUAUGAUUGACUGA